AUGGUUCGGAUAAGCGAGGCGAUCAAAGAUGAUCACCGGAAACUGGAAUCUUAUUACAACAUCAUCGUCAACUCUGAAGAUGAAGAUGAGCAAACCCGAUUUCAAAAUCAGUUCACCUGGGAACUUGCACGACACGCUGUCGCCGAGGAGCUAGUAGUGUUCCCUGCACUGGAAAAGGUUCGCCCUGAUGGCAAGGCGAAAACAGAUGAUGAUCGGCAGAGCAAUGCUGAUACAGCACAGCUAAAGGAAAUGCUUGCCGUUUUCCAGGACUUAAACUGUUCCGAUCCACGCUUCAUCCCUACCAUUACUACGUUGAUGGAAGGUCUUGCCCAGCAUAUGCAAGACGAAGAGACAAACGACCUGGUCAUAUUGGAGGAGUCUCUCACUUCUGACGAGAGUGAGAAGUUGGUUGAAUCUCUUAACCGCACUAAGAUCUUUGUGCCCUCUCGGUCCCAUUCAUAUGGCCUGGAGAGACCACGCUAUGAGACUGCAGUCGGGCUGCUCUCGGCUCCACUGGAUCAUCUUCAGGAUUUGUUCCGAAGGUGGCCAGAGGAGGAAAGCAUGCUAAGCGCGCCCCUAGAAUAG